UUUUUAUUGUUGUCCUUGUGAAUGACAAUGAACUGGCAUGUGAAUCUCGUAUCAUACUGAGUUACAUAACGUGUCUCUCUUUACUGUUGUAUAUUAUUUUUUUGUUUUAACAUUUAUUCAACUUGGCAUUACUCAUGUCUCGAGCAUGACCACAGUUUGACAUAGAUUUGUUCAAAGUGGAAGUUGGCAUGUAUCCAGUUUAAUAAUUCAAGUGUUAAUAUUAUCAUUUAUAAAACUUAAAUAUUCCAUUUAAUUUAAAUCUUUUUUUUUUUAAAUAAUAUAUAAUAUUAAACAUUGUUUUUAUAACAAUUUAAAAGUGUAUUAAACUUUGAUAAUUCAACAGGUUGCUAAAAAUAAAUACAGUAUACAUUCAAGAGAUGUGUACUUGAAUUUCUUUUGUUCAAGACGACGAUAAUAUAAAUUAUUUAUGAGUCAUCAUUUAAGUGUUAUUUUCAUAUUAUUAUUAUGAUUUUUUUAUUGUUAAUUAACUUAUAAAUUUGCAAUUGGAUAUUUAACAAUGUAACAGUAAUGAUUAUUACUGUUAUAUUAUUAAAUUAUAAUAAUUAAUAAAUAAAAUAUAAUAAUAUUUGAUGACCUCAAUUUUUAUUGGAUAUAUGAGGACAAAAAUAAUAAAUAUAUUUUUUUGAUAAAUGUGUCUAAUCUUUGUCACAAUAUAUGAUAACAUAAAUGACUCAUUCCAUUGUAUAGUCACGAGUACCGAAAAUACUGUUUUAAGUCAGUUGGUGUGUCUCACCACGUCUCAGGUUCAAGUUUGACAAUUAACUAAAUAAAUAUAUUUUUUUCAUCAUGACAAGAGAUGUUAGACGAAGUAGACCAACACCAGAAUGGAGAGGAAAAAAACGUUCAUGUACAGAUCUCUUGUGUCUUUUUUUAUUCUUCAUAUUUAUGAUAUGUUGGAUUGGCGUUGGUUAUUUUGCAAUUAAAAAAGGAAAUUUUGAUGCUAUUUUUAAACCAAAAGAUAGUAAUGGUAGAAAAUGUGGUAUUGAUAAUGAUGUAUUAGAUAAACCAAUUCUUGCUUUUUUUGAUUUAUCAAAAUGUGUAAAUUUAAAUUUAAAAUUUAAAUGUAAUACACCACAAGUAUGUGUUAAAGAAUGUCCAUCAGAAAAUUGGAUUUUUGAUAAGAAUAAAAGUAACAUUGAUGAUAUAAGAAAACAUAUAAUAUGUAAAAAUAAUAUUGAUGUUUCUAAAAUACAAACAAUUGAGGCUUAUGAAAAAUUAAUUAAAGAAGAUAGUUGUGCAAGUUGGUACUUGAAAAGUAAACCAAUUUUGCGACGUUGCAUUCCAGAUGGUAAAAUACCAAAAGAAAUUGUUGACCAAACAAUUAAAGACACAGCACUUAAACAUGUUAAAAGUGUCAUUGGAAAAUCUGGUAAAAUUUUUGACAAAAUAAUAAAUACAAAAUGGCAAUUAUUAUCAAUAAUGGUUGGAAGUGUAACACUGUGUUUAUUCACAAUAGUUGUGUUGCAAUGGAUUGCAUUACCUUGUGUUUGUCUUUCAAUUACUGUUCUAGUUGGUGCUCUUGGAUAUUUAUCUUACCAUUCAUUUAAACAAUCAAAAGAUGAAUACUCUGAUCAUCAUAAAUAUUGGCUGUGUCUUGCUAUAGCGGCUGGAGUAAUUGGUGCAAUAAUUGCCUUGUUAACAUGCUGUUUAUUUGAUCGUGUUCGUUUGGCUUGUAAAAUUAUAAAAGAAGCUAGCAAAGCUGUUAUGUCAACAAUAUCAAGUUUAUUUUUUCCAAUUUUUCCUUAUAUACUAUAUACGAUUAUUGCUGUAUAUAUGUUUCUAAUUUUCGUACAAUUAUACUCAAUUGAUGAAGAAUUUAAAAUUCAAAUUAGAAAGAAUGAUGGUAAAUCUUGUAUUUGUUCAAAUGGAAUUAAUGAUACAAGUGGUGCAUUAUGUUCACCAUAUGAAUUUAAACAAAAUUGUCUUGAAAAUGGUAAAGAAUGUUUAUCAAAAAGAUGUGUUAGUAUGGAACCAUGGUAUAUACCAUAUUUUUAUGGUAUUAAUUUGAUUGGAGCUAUUUGGUUAUUAUGUUUUAUAUCUGCUGUUGGACAGUUAAUUCUUGCAUCAACAUUUUCAUCAUGGUACUGGACAUUUUAUAAAGAUGAACUUGAUUUCUUUAUACUUUUAAAUGGAAUUUGGAUAACAUUUAGGUAUCAUCUUGGAACAGCAGCAUUUGGCUCAUUUAUUAUAACAAUUGUACGGUGUAUACGUUAUUUUUUGACAUUUUUACAAAAAAAAGCAUUAUCAUCAGAAAAUCCAGCUGAAGGAUUUUUCAAAGUAUGUUGUUGUUGUGCUCAAUGUUGUUUGAGUAUGUUGGAAAGACUUCUUAAAUUUAUCACUAUGAAUGCAUAUAUUAUGUGUGCAAUUUAUGGUAAAGGAUUGUGUACAUCAGCAUCAAAUGGACUUGCUCUUUUAGCAAGAAACAUUGCAAGAACAGUUGUUUUAAAUAAUGUUGUUGGUUGUAUUUUAUUUGUUGGUAAAGUUCUUAUAACACUUGUUGUUAGUGGUUUAACAUGGUGGUAUUUUUCAAAAGAUCCACAUUUUGAUAAUGAAGAUUUUAUAUCUUGGGUACCAAUUCUGGUUGUAUUUUUGGGUACAUAUUUUGUUGCUGAUAUGUUUUUUGAUGUUUAUGAAAUGGCUAUUGAUACAAUAUUUUUAUGUUAUUUACAAGAUUGUGAAAUUAAUGAUGGUUCACAAGAAAAGCCUUAUUUCAUGACUACGGGACUUGCUAAAUUAUUCAAGCACUAAUAACAUAUUGUUUUUGAGAAUAUUUAAUUAUAGCAUUUGUAAAUUAUAUAUUGAUAAAUAAUUUAUAUACAAUUUUUAUGUUAAAAUAUUAAACUAUUCAUAUAUUGAAAAAUCUUCCAUGAAAAAGAAAAAACCACGUGUUGCGACAAUAAAUAGCACAAAUAAAUAUAUUUAAAAUAUAAUAACUAGUUAAAUAAAAAUUAUAAAUUCUUAAUUUCAUUAAUUAUUACAAUAUUUUUUAACUAUUAUUAUUUUUUUUUAAAUAUUUUUUUAUUUAAAAAAAUUUUUAUCGAUAAUGCAUAUUCAUUUUUUUUUAAUAAAAACAAAUACUCAAAUGAGUUUAUCAGAUAUUCAAAUUUAAAAAAAAAAAAAAAAUAUAAAUAAUAAUUGGUAGAGAAAACCUGGUAUAUUUUUUGUGGAAAUUCGAGACUGUGCACGUACAAUAAAUACAAAAUAAAAGAAAAAAUGUUGAUAAGAAAAAUUUAAAAAUGUACUCAUCAGUGUACAAACUAAAGAGGAAUAAAAUAAAAAUGAAAAUAAUCGAUUUAAAAUAAUAAAUUAAAAGUAAAAAAAAAAAUAGGAUAAUAAAAAAAAAAAAUAAUAAAUAAUCGUGUUAACGAUUUGAGCUGGUUAUUUUGCCGGCAUUGUGAUUAUAUUUGUCAGCAAAAUGAAAUAAUAUGUAAACUAUUAAAAUGGAGAAUAAAGAUAAAGAGGAAAAUUAAAUUAAAAAAUUGAUUAAGAAAAAAAAAAGCAAGCAGAGUGACACGUCCUACUUGAAGGAAAAAAGAAAAAAAAAAAAAAAUUGUAAACAAGAAUAAAUAAUAAUUCACAAUAAACUUGAGAAAGAAAAAUAUAUCACUGGAUAUAAUUGAAUAUAAAUCAAGUCUAAUAAUGUAUAG